UCAGCAGAGUAUCGAAAAAUGUUCAGAAAGGUUCUUGCGUUAUCUGCUUUCUUGGCUUUUGCCAAUGCCGGUUUUCUACCUAGCUACCCUUCUGCUGCUUAUGGAUCAUAUGGGGUCGAAAGCUAUGGAGUACCCCUUGUAGGAAAUGGUUAUAUUGUACCAGCAGUGACGAAAUCAUACGCCUACGCUCCAGCUCAUGGGGAGGACUAUCACGCCUACCCCAAAUACGAAUUCAACUAUGGCGUCAAAGACCCACACACUGGUGACCAUAAAACCCAGCAUGAAGUACGCGAUGGUGAUGUGGUGAAAGGGUCCUAUUCCCUUGUAGAACCUGAUGGUACCUUGAGGACAGUCCACUACACCGCUGAUGACCAUAAUGGAUUCAACGCUGUUGUUGAAAAAAGUGGACAUGCUGUACAUCCAGCUCCCUUGGCACAUGCUGCUCCUUUAAUUGUAUCUGCACCUUACCCAACAUACGGUCUGCAUCAUUACUGAACACGAAAGGCUUUUUUGUUCGGAGAAAUUGUGGAAAUAUUCAAUGAUGUACAAAGAAAUUUGAUUUAUUUAUUGACUAAAUAUAUUAUAUAGUUGCUA